AGUUUCGCGGCUGAAGACGGUGCACCGGUCCUGCAGAACAGCACGGGGCUGAGACGGGAUUGUGUUUACUGUACAGAGACUUUCUCUCAGGAAGAUGCUGGGGAAGUGGAGCCUCCUGUUCUCGCACAUGUGCAGCAGUAGCAGCAGCCUGCUCCUGCUCUGGACCCUCGUUGGGCUGGAUGUGGUGGAGGUGUCGGGGUCCCAGCCAGGGAUCCCUCUGUCAGUCGUGAAGCUCUGGGCUUCAGCAUUUGGUGGAGAAAUAAAAUCAAUUUCUGCAAAAUAUUCUGGAUCCCAACUCCUUCAAAAGGAUCUGUGGGCCAUCACAGCACCACGUCCAGGGACCAACUCCAGCUCUGAGCCCGGAUCCCCAGUCAAGGGCAGGAUUAACCCAAAAAAUGCUGCAUGCCUCGCAGCGUGGGAGGAGAGCGGAGGAAUCAGAGGAAGUCCACGCAAACAUGGGGAGAGCUUUCAAACGGCAUACAGAAAGCGACUCCUGGGUCCAAACCUAGGACCUCCUUGCACUGAGAAAUAUAAAGAACCUGAAAAGUCAGUCAGAGUUGAAGAAAUUGAUGGUGUGAAGCUGGUCAAGAACCUGGCUUUGAAGCUGGAGGAAGUGUUCUGGAAAAAAGCAGAGGCAACCAGGCGGCUGGUGGAGGCAGCAGAAGAAGCGCACCAUCAGCAUGAAGAUAAUCCCGACCUGCAGUACGAGUACUUCAACGCCGUGCUGAUCAAUGAGGUGGACGAGGAGGGCAAUAACGUAGAGCUCGGCGGAGAGUUCCUCCUGGAGCCCAACGACCAUUUCAAUAACCUGUCAGUCAACCUGAGCCUCAGCGUGGUGCAGGUGCCGACCAACAUGUACAACAAAGAUCCUGAUAUAGUGAACGGAGUCUACUGGUCCGAGGCUCUGAAUAAAGUAUUUGUGGAUAAUUUUGAAAGAGACCCAACGCUGAUCUGGCAGUACUUUGGGAGCGCCAAAGGUUUCUUCAGGCAGUACCCUGGAGUAAAGUGGCAUCCAGAUGAACAUGGUGUGAUUGGAUUUGACUGUAGAAACAGGAAGUGGUAUAUUCAAGCAGCAACGUCCCCUAAAGAUGUUGUCAUCUUAAUCGAUGUGAGUGGAAGCAUGAAAGGACUGAGGCUGACCAUCGCCAGGCAGACGGUCUCCUCCAUAUUAGACACACUUGGAGAUGAUGACUUCUUCAACGUCAUUGCAUAUAAUCAGGAGAUCCACUAUGUGGAGCCUUGUUUGAAUGGCACUCUGGUCCGAGCCGACAGGACCAAUAAAGACCAUUUCCGCGAACAUCUGAAAAAGCUGUUUGCUAAGGGGAUCGGGCUGCUGGGCGUCGCUCUGGCUGAAGCGUUCACAAUCCUGAAUGAAUUUAAUCAAACUGGACAUGGCAGUUUGUGCAGCCAGGCCAUAAUGCUCGUGACUGACGGGGCGACAGAAAUGUAUGACGACGUUUUUGAGAAGUACAACUGGCCAGAAAGAAAGGUGCGAAUAUUCCCAUACCUGAUUGGACGAGAGUCUGCAUAUGCUGACAACCUCAAGUGGAUGGCUUGUGCCAACAAAGGAUAUUUCAGUCAGAUCUCCACGCUAGCAGAUGUUCAGGAGAACGUGAUGAGAUAUCUGCACGUCAUGAGCCGCCCGAAGGUCAUCGACCACGAGCACGACACGGUGUGGACUGAAGCUUACGUGGACAGUGCUCUUUCCCAGGCUCAUAAGUUGAAGGACAAAUCGGGCCCAAGUCUGAUGACCACAGUCGCCAUGCCUGUCUUCAGCACAAAGAAUGAAACGAAGAACCAGGGGAUUCUGUUGGGGGUUGCGGGAACAGACAUCCCUCUGCAGGAGCUGAUGAAGCUUAUCCCUAAACAUAUGUUAGGAAUCCAUGGGUACGCUUUUGCCAUCACAAACAACGGCUACAUCCUGAUACACCCGGACCUCAGGCCUUUGUAUCAGGAUGGCAAGAAGAGGAGGAAGCCCAACUACAGCAGCGUGGAUCUCUCCGAGGUGGAGUGGGAAGACAAAGAUGAUAUUCUACGAAACGCUAUGGUGAAAAGAAGGACAGGGACUUUCUCUAUGGAGGUGAAGAAGACGGUGGAUGGAGGGAGGCGUGUCCUGAAGAUGCACAAUGACUAUUUCUACACUGACAUCAAAGGAACGCCGUUCAGUGUUGGGGUGGCCCUGUCCAGAGGUCAUGGGAAGUACUUCUUCAGAGGAAAUGUCUCAGUUGAAGCCGGGCUCCGUGAUCUGGAACAGCCAGAUGUCGCCCUGGCAGAUGAAUGGACUUACUGCAACACAGAGGAGCAGCACGAACACCGACACCUGACCCAGAUUCAAGCCAUCAAGAUGUUUAUGACGGGCCGCAGAACACACCUCAAAUGUGACAGAGAGCUGAUCCAGGAAGUGUUGUUUGAUGCUGUGGUCACCGCUCCGCUGGAGGCCUACUGGACUGGACUGGCCCUCAACAAGUCAGAGAACUCAGACAAAGGAGUGGAGAUUGCCUUCCUGGGUACGCGCACCGGCCUCUCGAGGACCAACCUGUUUGUCCCCGCCGAUCAGCUGUCCAAUCAAGACUUCCUGACGGCGGAGGAAAAGGAGGGUGUGUUUAACGCCGAUCACUUCCCUCUGUGGUACAAGCGAGCGGCGGAGCAGGUCCCCGGGGCGUUUGUGUACUCCAUCCCCUUCAGCACAGCGUUAGAAAAUAAAAGUGUGGUUUUGGCCAGCACUGCAAUCCAGCUCCUCGAUGACAGAAAGUCUCCAAUCGUUGCCGCUGUAGGGAUCCAGAUGAAGCUCGAGUUCUUUCAGAGGAAGUUCUGGACAGCCUGCAGACAGUGUACCGCUCUGGAUGGAAAAUGUGGCAUUAGCUGUGAUAGCGCGGACAUUAACUGCUAUCUCAUUGACAACAAUGCCUUCAUUCUCGUCACAGAGGAGCCCUCUCAGACAGGGCUCUUCUUCGGAGAGGUGGAGGGUGCAGUUAUGAACAAACUUCUCCAAAUGGGGUCCUUCAAAAGGAUCACGCUGUAUGAUUACCAGGCGCUCUGCAGAGAGUUCGCUAGGAGCAGCGACAGUGCACGCUCUCUAUCAAAUCCCUUCACUGUUUUUAAGUGGCUCCUGGCUGAACUUGUCAUUUUUCUGCUAGAAUUUAACCUGUACAGCUGGUGGAACGUGGAUCUUUCUGUGAAAGCUCAGAGACCUCGAGGUAAAACCCACAUGGUGCCGUGUGACACAGAAUACCCUGCCUUUGUCUCCGAACGCACCAUCAAAGAAACAACAGGCAACAUCGACUGUGAGGGCUGUGUCAGAUCUUUCGUCAUACAGCAGAUUCCCAGCAGCAACCUCUUCAUGGUGGUUGUGGACAACAAGUGUGACUGCAGCAGUUAUCCUCCAGUUACCAUGGAUCCCAUCGAGAUCAUGUACAACGAGUCACUAAAAUGUGACAGACUGAAGUAUCAGAAGGACAGGAAGAAGCCUGAAUCCUGUCAUCCUUUCCACCCUGAGGAAAAUGCCAUGGAGUGUGGUUCAGCAUCGCGCCUCUCCAGCCCUCUAGCCGCAGCUCUGCUCCCUCUGAUAGCAUCGACCAUCAGCAGGUGACCUUUAGCAGCACGACCGGACUUCAGUACGGACUAACUCAACAAGAAGAUGCUUAUAAACACAUAGAGAACAUGGCCAAUCAGAAAUGAAUUUGCUCAUACCUGUGCAACAGGCAGCGCUCUACCAAGAAAACAAAUCUUUAUCCGUAGCACUAAGGCUCACAUCCAUUAAAGCAGUAAAUAUUAGUGAUGUGGCGCAGCAACAGAACAUGAGAAUAGAGAGUGCUAGGUGACUUUGCUCAGAGCAUUGCAGAUUACACCACGACAGUUUUCCAUAGUGUCACAAGUGUGUGCUGACAUUUUAAAAGAGAAAGAAAUACAGUCUGCCAACCGUAAAAACAAUGCAUUUCUAGUCAAAGUAUAAAAAAAGUAAUUUGUGCAAAGUAUGAUAUUAAGACAUUUAACAUGUUUGAUUCUUCGGUGAGAAGGAAGAAGUAUAAUGUACAGUAAGAGUAUGUGGAAUGUAAAAUGCACUUGGUCACGUGAAGAGAAUUCAGAGUGGUCUUUAUUUUUGGCAGUAAGUUGCUAAAAACAGUUGACAGUGCCAUCAUUUUUAUUUCUUUUAGAUAUUUUAUUUUAGAACUUGCUUUAUUCUGCCAGUUUCUCCUUGUUUUAAAGCAGAAGACAUUUCAGACGAGUUAAAGAUGCAUGAAGAAGAUCUCAGAAUGUUCCAUUGAUAUUACAGCCAUAAUGUGUGAAGGUGACCACAAACACGUAUCCUCAUGUUUGAGAGAGAUGAUGAAUAAAUACAAAGACAUAUUUUCCUUC